AUGCCUCUCCAAGUCACCUCAGAAACACCUUCAGAGGUCGAAGCGUUCCUCACAUCCAGCGCGACCCCCUCCAAACCCUCCUUCCUCGUCGUCUACGCCUCGCUUGACCCGAGCGGCAAGAGCUGGUGCGGCGAUUGUCGGGUUGCAGAGUCGUUCGUCAACAGGAAGUUUGCGGACCGCGAGCUAGACGUGGUGCGGGUAGUCUAUGCCGGACAGCGCGACGAGUGGAGAGAUCAGAACAACCCGUGGCGCAGAGCUCCGUUCUCCAUCACGAACCUGCCGACGCUGGUGAAGGUCACCGACGGCAAGUGGGAGAAACUGGUGGAGGCUGAUGUUUACGAUCAGAAGAAGCUGGAUGCUUUCGUUGGCGACUUGUGA